ACUAAAAUGGUAAUGUAUCCUUUCCAUUCACAGCUAACGUCCUCCAGCUUCAAAAUACAACAGACGCUGCCCCAAAGCUUUUGCUGCGAAAUCCCGGUUGGAGGAUGGAGGGUUUGGUUUCACCUAAGGUUUCCCUCAGGACUACUUUCUAUCAUGGGCCAAACUUCUCAAUCAGACGCCCAAUGAACCUUUCUAAAUUGAAUCGUUUCUCUGUUGCUUCCAUUCGAGCUCAACAGCCGGAGACCAAGGAUGGUGCGGCUAUGGUGUCCGCCGUGAGGGAGGAGGCAAAUGCCCUCCAAAUGAAGGAGUGGGAAGUGGAUAUGCUCCAAAACGAGGUGGCUUCUAGUCAGGGGAUUAGAAUUAGGAGGCGUCCACCGACAGGGCCACCUUUGCACUACGUUGGACCCUUUGAGUUUCGCAUACAGAACGAGGGAAAUACCCCCAGGAAUAUCCUCGAGAAAAUCAUAUGGCAUAAGGACAUGGAAGUCUCCCAAUUAAAAGAGAGAAGGCCUCUCCACGCGCUGAAGAAAUCUCUCGAGAAUGCUCCGCCUUCUAGAGAUUUUACUGGAGCUCUGAAGGAGGCUAAUCUUCGAACUGGCCUUCCUGGGUUGAUUGCUGAAGUGAAGAAGGCUUCUCCUAGCAGAGGAAUCCUAAGAGAGGACUUUGAUCCGGUUGAAAUUGCACAAUCUUAUGAGAGAGGUGGCGCUGCAUGUCUCAGUGUUUUGACUGAUGAAAAGUAUUUUAAGGGGAGCUUUGAAAAUCUGGAGGCAAUAAGGCAGGCAGGAGUAAAGUGCCCACUACUGUGCAAAGAAUUUGUUAUAGAUGCGUGGCAGAUCUACUAUGCCCGAAUUAAAGGUGCAGAUGCGAUUCUUUUAAUUGCUGCUGUAUUGCCUGAUCUUGACAUCAGAUACAUGGUCAAAAUCUGCAAAAUGCUUGGUUUGGCAGCACUUGUUGAGGUGCACGAUGAGAGGGAAAUGGAUCGUGUGCUUGGAAUAGAGGGGAUUGAGCUAAUUGGUAUCAACAAUCGAAAUCUUGAAACAUUUGAGGUUGAUAUCAGUAACACAAGGAAGCUUCUUGAAGGAGAGCGAGGUCAACUUAUCCGACAAAAAGACAUAAUUGUAGUUGGGGAAUCUGGGCUGUUUACUCCUGAUGACAUUGCUUAUGUACAAGAAGCUGGUGUGAAAGCAGUUUUGGUUGGGGAGUCAAUUGUGAAACAAAGUGACCCUGGCAAGGGAAUAACUGGACUUUUUGGUAAAGAAAUUUCAUUGAGUUGAAAAUAGGAAGUUUAUACAGCAUCCUUACUGUGACUGGCAUAGAGUGAAGCCAAAUUCAGGCACCCAUUCCUGCAUCUUUGUCUCCGGCCUUCCCUUCAUUUUCUUUCUACAGUUAAGAUUCCCAAAAAUGAACUAUUAGCAAAGCUUGCUUUCUUUUAUCUAAAAAAAUGUUGUGUUUUCUCUAAACUCGGUAUAAAAAGCUAGUGAUAUUGAAAUAGAAUUCUGAAUGGUAGUGCAAUGAUUUAAUAUAUUAAAUUAUGUAUUCCAGUGUGAAAGAAAA